AUGGGCCCAGCCGCUCUGUGGCAUGUGGGAUCUUCCCGGACUGGGGCACGAACCUGUGUCCCCUGCAUCGGCAGGCGGACUCUCAACCACUGUGCCACCAGGGAAGCCCAGUAAAUGUAUUUUGAUCUUUUCGUGUGUGCCAGGGUUCAAGCUGACUAAAGUAACAGACAUUACCCUUGCCUUCCUCAAUCUUGGCUCUAUGGUAGCAGACAGACAUUAAGCAACAUUCAAAAAAAUACGAAAUUUGCUGGGGACUUCCUGGUGGUCCAGUGGUUAAUACUUCGCCUUCCCAUGCAGGGGGUGCGAGUUUGAUCCCUAGUCGGGGAGUUAAGAUCCCACGUGCCUUGGGGCCAAUAACCCAAAACUAAAACAGAAGCAAUAUUGUAACAAAUUCAAUAAAGGCUUUAAAAAAUAUAGGAAAUUUGCAAUUGUAGGGGAUAAAUGUGUAAUCAUUCAUUACCAAACACUAAAGAAAGGAAGAAAAAAAGAAAAGUAAAAAAGUGCUUUGAGAAAUAAUGGCGAGAUGUGCAAAAUUAAGACUGAGUAUUCAGAAAAGAUCUUUAUUAGGGUAUGCCAGUUAGCAGAGAUCUGAACAAUGACCAGGAAUUUGCAGGUGAAGAGUGGGGGCAGUGGGAAGGGAGGUAUGGAAGAAUAUUUCAAGCAGAUUAAAUUGUUAGGGAGGGGCAUGUUACAGUUUAGUGCAUUUGAAGAACGAAGUAAGGCCAGUGUAACUAUGGCUUAUUGCUGAUGGGAGAGAGGUAUCAUCUUGAAGAGGCAGGCAGUAGGCAGGUCUCUGAGGAAUUUUAAAGACCAAGUUAAGGAGUGUGGGUCUUAUCCGAGGGACAGUAGGAAACCAUUGAAACAUUCUGAGCAGAACAGUGCCAGACUAAAUAUCACUCUGGCUGUUAAGGGUGCAAAACUGGAAAUGCAAGCAGCUAGAUAAAAUACUGCUUUCAUAUCCAAGUAAAAGAUAAUUUUGGCUAGAAUUAUCUACUGACAGUGGGGAUGGAAAGAACAAUUUCAAGACAUAUUUAGGCCGAGUCUAAACAAGCUUGCUGUUUGAGUAUUGUAGGAAGAGAAUGGAGCUGAAAUGUUUUCACCUUUUGUGGCUUGAGUAAUUUAUUUGUUCAGGGUCUUAACUGAUGUCUCUGAAUCCUUUUCUUUUCCUGGUCACUUUUAUGGCAUAUAAGUCGUCCAAAAUAAUAGCUACCAAACACUGUGGUGUUACUUUAUACAAUUGUGUAAAUAUCAAUACAUUAAUGUGAUUUCAGAAUUAUUUCAAUAAUCUUCAGAGCUGGGGUUCAGAGUACUCGUCUAUCUGUAUCCUCCUUGUAAUUUUCCAGAAGUAUCACAUUACCUCCUAUCUUCUUGUCCCUUUUCUCUGAUUUUAAAACUACAUUCUCAAUUACUCUGCUUUUGGCUUUUGCUAAGUCCCCUUUUUUCUUCUCCCAAGGUUCUCCCAAGGUUAGCCUCAAGACUUCGGAUUUUACCAAAUGGCAUAAACAAACUAUAUUCUAACCACAACAGAAUCUUCACUCUCUAUUGCUCAUUCCAGACUUACUCAGUUCAUUAAUCUUUCAUCAAGAUACUGCUACAUCUGAUGUAACUUUCUCUUCUAUCUCCAUCAGAUUAUAUGCAAUUUAUGACCAUCUAGCCUAGAUUUUCCCUUCCUGGUGUAGUUACUUAAAGCUCCAAACACCCUAAGAAAUGGGUUAAAUGAUAAUUAUACUCAUUUUUAAAUGUAUAUGACACUAGUUAACAAAAUUGAGUUGGGGCCUGGACAUCUUUGUAUUUAUUGAGCUCCCCAUGUCUUUAGGGUAUUUUUACCUAAAUCACUAUUUAGGAACAAUUGACUUAAUCUAUUUUCCUAAAUAACUCCUUCACCUUCUAGUGUUUCUUCUCAUUCUGUUUCCUUAUCUGUUUGUCAAAAUGCCCAAUCAUAUAUGAGAACGGUAUAAGCCACUCUAUAUGAAAAUGAGUUUCAGUUAAGUCUUUUCCUAUCUAUUAUAAAAGUUUCAUUUCUCCCAGAACACAAAAAAGUGAAUGUUUUUAUAUUUUCUUUCAGACUGUGAAUCAAGGUUGAGACCAAGAAUUAUUUCUGAAAAAGGAUAUUUAUGGAAUAGAAUCAUCCUGAUGGGAGAUAAUGGAAAGACUUAUAAAAAACAGCAUUGAGUGUUCAAGUUUCAGAGGUGAUUGGGAAUGUAAAAGCCAGUUUGAGAGAAAACAGGAAUCUCAGGAAGGACAUUUCAGUCAAAUGAUAUUUACUCCUGAAGACAUACCCACUUUCAAUACCCAGCACCAGAGAAUUCAUACUGAUGAGAAACUCCUUGAAUGUAAGGAAUGUGGGAAGGAUUUUAGUUUUGUAUCAGUCCUUAUUCGACAUCAGCGAAUUCACACUGGUGAGAAACCUUAUGAAUGUAAAGAAUGUGGCAAGGCCUUUGGUAGUGGUGCAAACCUUGCUUACCAUCAAAGAAUUCAUACUGGUGAAAAACCUUAUGAAUGUAAUGAAUGUGGGAAGGCCUUUGGUAGUGGCUCAAACCUUACUCACCAUCAGCGAAUUCACACUGGUGAGAAACCAUAUGAAUGUAAGGAAUGCGGGAAAGCCUUUAGUUUUGGAUCAGGCCUUAUUCGACAUCAGAUAAUUCACAGUGGUGAAAAGCCUUAUGAGUGUAAGGAAUGUGGGAAGUCCUUUAGUUUUGAAUCAGCCCUUACUCGGCAUCACAGAAUUCACACAGGUGAGAAACCUUAUGAAUGUAAGGAUUGUGGGAAAGCCUUUGGCAGUGGUUCAAACCUUACUCAGCAUCGAAGAAUUCAUACUGGUGAGAAACCUUAUGAAUGUAAAGCAUGUGGGAUGGCCUUUAGUAGUGGUUCAGCUCUUACGCGGCAUCAAAGAAUUCAUACUGGUGAGAAACCAUAUAUAUGUAACAAAUGUGGGAAGGCUUUUAGUUUUGGAUCAGCCCUUACUCGACAUCAAAGAAUUCACACCGGUGAGAAACCUUACUUAUGUAAGGAAUGUGGGAAGGCUUUCAAUAGUGGCUCCGAUCUCACUCAACAUCAGAGAAUUCACACUGGUGAGAAACCCUAUGAGUGUAAGGAAUGUGAGAAAGCCUUUAGAAGUGGUUCAAAACUAAUUCAGCAUCAAAGAAUGCACACUGGUGAGAAACCCUAUGAAUGUAAAGAAUGUGGGAAGGCCUUUAGUAGUGGUUCAGACCUCACUCAACAUCAGAGAAUUCAUACUGGUGAGAAACCCUAUGAAUGUAAGGAAUGUGGGAAGGCUUUUGGUAGUGGCUCAAAACUUAUUCAACACCAGCUAAUUCACACAGGUGAAAAACCCUAUGAAUGUAAAGAAUGUAGAAAGUCCUUUAGUAGUGGUUCAGCCCUUAAUCGGCACCAGAGGAUACACACUGGUCAGAUACCCUAUGAAUGUAAGGAAUGUGGGAAGACUUUUGUUACUGGCUCAAGCCGUACUCAGCAUCAGAGAAUACAUACUGGUGAGAAACUUUAUGAAUGUAAGGGCUGUGGGAAGGCUUUGGAGAGGGGUUCAGAAAUUCAGCAACAUAAGAAACGUCAUGCUGGUAAGAAGCUCUAUGAAUGAGAAACUAUAAAUUGGAAUUACAUAGUUAAGGAACCAUACAAUAAAGAGAGAAUUCAUACUAGUGAGAGUCCCUACAAAUGUAAUUAAGGUACAUAUACUUAUACUUUCCCAGUUAGUUAGUCUGAGAAAAUUCAUACAGAAAAUAAACACUCUGAAUAAAAUAUUUGAAUAUUUUAAUCUAAUUCAUUCCUUCAUUACUUUCAGAAAAUUCAUACUUGUGAAUAUUAUACAUUGAAAAACCUUUUUAUUGUAUAUUGUGUUUAUUUUAAGCAUUGAAAUUUAUUUGGGGGCUAACCCUGCUACUUUCUUUUUAAUGUUCUUAAUUUUUUGUGAAGUAUACAGAAUUACUGAUGCAUUUUAAAAUUAUUUUAAAUUAUUGAGGGUCCAAUUUACCCUUUUUCUCCCUCCCCCAUUUCUCAUUCUAACACCAUUUAUUUAAUAACCAUAUCUAUUUUUAUAUAUUUUUAUUGCAUGUUUGAUGGUAAGUUUAUUUUUAUACAUAUAAAGCUUCGAUAUCAGGUCAGUCUUUGUUUUUAAAAUUUGCAUAUCUGUCUAUGUAUCUGUGUGUCACCCUGUUUGUGUUAAGUUACUGUUACUUCUACAU